AUGGCCAAACGGGUUACAAGGGAUUCAUUCGUAUCCCCUCACAACAACCAACUUGCGCGGGAGUUGGUUUCAAAGUCAAACAGGUCCUCGUACCUGACUGCGUACUUGAACGAGGGCCUGAGAGAUGUUGGCGCCCCAUCUUACCUACAUCCUUUACCCGAAUGCGGGUAUUUCAGCAUGGUCCGGUACUGGCAGGUCAUGGCUACCACGCACACCAAGGGCAGUGGAACGGAUGGCCCGAAAACCGACAAAUCCCAAGCCGAGAAGGAGGAUGCAAGAGGCCGACCGACAACGCCCGUCGAGCAACAAGGUUCCGGUGGGCCGUCAACCGUGGCUACACCUCCCCGCCAGAUUCUGCCCCCUUCUAAUACCCCCUCAGACUUCCGGACGCCGGCGGCAGUGUCGCAUCCAGCCGCUAAGGGAGGCGCCGACAACCCUCCAUCCGCCGACGAGUCGUAUGUGAAUGUCGCCCUGCUCCUGCUGCUGCAGACAAUCUCACAGGGAUUUCAUAAGCAUUUCUCUGACUUGCACUGGGUCCCACCCCGCCUGGCCUUGCACCUGAAAGUCCCCGUUUUCAACCCUGCCACACACACGGUCGACAACAAGUUGUUGCUGGAGGCACGGGUGGAUGGUUACUUGUGUCGCGGAAAAGCUGGACCUAGUUGGGAAAAGCCCAUGGCCAUUUGCGAGGCCAAGUCGGGCACGAGGAGCCACCCACUCAACGAAGGCCUUUUGCAGAACUCGAACAGCGGGAAGAAGCGACGACUGAUGAUUUCUCAAAACCUGAAUGAUAUUUAUAUCAUCAUCGGGGAGUAUGGACCCAGCUAUGAGCAGUACAUCCGCAACGCUCCGUGGAGAAACGCUCGGUUCUCCCACGUUCCUGAAGCAGCUUGUCCAGCAAGGCAUCGUCGAUAUCAAGGAUGGGAUAAGAAGGUGGUGGGAAACGCCGUGGGUAGGGUGAAAGCCACACUUACAUCUCGCAACGGCGGUCCUGGAGGCCCUGGUGGCAACGGAAGCGACUUGAGCAAUUCUGGCCAGGCGCCUGGUACCGGGCGAGUGACACGAUCAACCACUGCGGCCCUUGACCUUCCGACGGUUGGCGGGUUCCUAGUUAUGCACCGCUUUGGUCCCUGGAGAACCGACGACCCUGAAAACAUGAGCAACUUCAUUCGUCGCCUUCUGGGCUUCAUGCUGGAGCUAUACGGUAACAGGGCGGCCUCACCUCCAAACAGCCGCAGCGCGCCGACCACCGGUCAUCACGGCCCGCUGGUCAUAGGCACCCGCCGCCCAUCGACCACGGGCUACCGCGGGCCGGCGGCCACUAGUGACCGCCCCGCGUCAACCACCGGUAGUCGUGCCCCGUCGGCUACCGGUGAUCGCGCCACUGGCAGUCGUGCCCCGUCCGCCACCAGCCGCUCCUCAUCCACGACGAGCAACCAGGCUCCAUCGGCCAGCUAG